ACCUCUUUUAUAAUAAAAUCAAUUAGUAAAUAAUAAAUCAUAGAACUCUAAAAAAGAAAUAAUAAAUACCCAAAUAAUAGUAGAGAGAAACCACCCAAACACCCAACCACCCACUUCGAUCCAUCUCUCUCCUCUUUUUUCCUUCUAUUUAUUUACGCACCAUCCAUUUAAUGAGUUACAUAUAACACUUACUCAAAAAAAAAAAGAUAAAAAGAUAAAAAAGAACUUCCCAUUCUCGGAAGCUGCGAUUGGAAGAAGCGGAAAAAGAAGAAGGGAGAGAAGAGGAAGAAGCCUCGAGAUCUUCCACCCUUUCCAUCUCUCGCGCAGUUACAGCCGAAGAGAGAGAAAGAAAGAGAGAGAGGAGAGAGAGAGAGAGAAAAAUUAAAAAGAAAAAGAAAAAAAAAACAGAAAAGGAAGAAGCCUCUGGACUCCCCCUUUUUCUGUGUCAUCAUAUCACAAUCAUUUGGGUCUCGUAAUCCCAUCCCAUCCCAUCGUCUCUCUCCCCCCUCCUCAUCAUCGCCCUCAUCAUCGCUAAUAAGCAAAAGGUACGGCGGAAACGUGUGGAGGAAGACGAACCAGCACGAGAGCGAGAGAGAGAGAGAGAGAGAGAGAGAGAGAGAGAGGGCGUAGGAAAGUCAACGGCGGUGUGGUGGUGGAGCGGUAAUUAGAAAAAAAUCAGAGGGCAAUUAGGGAAGGGGCGGAGGGAGGGGCACUGGUCACGUGCUCGCGAUGGGGUCGUUCAAGGGUCACGUGCUCCCGGGGAGCCUGUUCCUGGCGGUGGGGCUGUGGCAAGUGUGGGCGGCGGUGGGCCGGUACGUGACGGAUCCGGGUUCGUUUCGGGUUCGGGCCUGGCGCCCGGUGGGCUGGUUCGGGGGCCGGGCCCGGUGCCUGGAACUGUACGUUGUGGCCGGGGGAGCGUUCCUCGACAUGUGCGUGGAGCUGCUCUACUCCACCCACCUCCACAUCUUCGUCGGGCCGGAGCGGGUCCUCAACCCGGCCCAUAUGAACGACUUCGAGCACGGGGGGAUGCUCCUCAUGUUCUUCCUCUUCGGGGCCGUCGCUCUCCUAUCCGAGAAAACCAGGUUCCUACCUUUGCCGGAGGGUACGCUGUGCUUGAUCGCCGCCGCCGCAUUCAGCGCAGAGUUUCUGCUCUUUUACUUUCACUCGACGACGCACAAAGGCCUUGAGGGCUACUAUCACCUCCUCCUCGUCAUACUCAUCGGCUUCUGCAUCGUCACCGCCGUCGCUGGCGCCCUCUUCCCCACCAUCUUCGCCCUCGACCUCGCGUGCGGCAUCCUUGUCACUCUUCAGGGCCUCUGGUUCUACCAGACGGCCUUCACCCUCUACGGGCCCAUGAUGCCGCGCGGCUGCCACCUCGAUGACGGAAGCAUUGCGUGCCACUCGCACGAGAGCCAAGUGCGCGGUGAGCUCCUCGCCAAUUUCCAGCUCUUCUCGCUUGUGUUCCUUGUCUUUGUUUUCGUGCUCGGGUCGUAUGCGAUCGCAGCGGCACGUUAUGGGCACCCCGACCUGAGGAGAUUGCACGCUGAGGAGGCCGCAGCUCAGUGCGGCAGCGAGGAUAGAGGGAAUGGGUUCAUGCAGAUGGGGCUUCCAGCGGACGUUGCUGCGUAGUUUUCUUCCCUCAUUGUAACAACAUUUUUUUUUUCUUUUUUCUUCUUUUUUUUUUUGGGUCUCUUGUGUAGAUGAGACUUCAGAGAUUUUUUUUUUUGGGGGGGGGGGGGGGGGGGGUUUCUAUCUUGGAUGUAUUUUGAGAAUGUGAUCAGAUUGUCUGUUCAUUGUGUUUACAGAGUUCAGACUUCAGAGGCGGAUGAGAAAGAUAGUCUUGUGAAGCUUUUGUCUGUUGUCCAUUACAUUUACCAUUUUUGGGCACAUUAUAUGUUUAAAAGUUUAAACAACUAUUAUCGCUUAUUGGAGGCAUGAGUAAUUGGAAAA